ACGCUUUUGUCGUGUUCGCCCGUGGCCGCCGAUCGUGUCACCACUGAUUGUGCAAGAGUAGUGCUUAAAGUAGUUUGCAGUACCUGGGGAGAGAAAGCCAUGAGGCUCACGAGGGCGGCCGUCUUCGCCGGCUGUCUCCUCUUCCUGGCGGUCGUCGCCUCAGGCGAUAAAUGUACAGUCGGCUGCCAUGGAAUGCACGGAGGUAAAGCCUAUCAAGAGGGACACACAUACUUGUACGAUUUAGAAGGAUCGUCUGUGACAUCGGUCCCCGAUGCUCAGGGUGACGCUGUUUUGAAGCUGAAGGGUAGUGUUGAAUUGUCAGUGAAACCUGACUGUAUUCGACAGAUCCGAUUAAAAGGCGUAUCAAUCAAUGGAGCUCCAAUAACGCUGCCAGAUAUUGAAAAGUACGCUCUACAAUUCAAUUAUCACGAUGGUCAUAUCGAUACGGAGGUUUGUGCCGAACCCGGUGACUCACAGGCGUCUCUCAACAUCAAGAGAGCUGUUGCUUCCUUGUUCCAAUCAGCUGUCAUACAAGACUCUGGUUCUACGACUCAUCAUGAGACCGACGUAUUCGGUAGUUGUCCAACUGACUUUACUUUCCACAAAGACGGCGACUCGCUGGUCAUCCACAAGUUGAGAGAUCUGAUGCGUUGCUCUCAUCGCGAGAGCAUAAACGAGGGUGUUGUAUCCGUGAUCUAUGAUCAGAAAUCCGACAUCCAAUCGUCUCCGAUAUUGUUAUCACAUCAGAAGAUCGAACAACGUUUCAAGCGCGGUAUCUUGAACAAAGCGACCUCAGUCGAGACGUACAAAUUGAAACCGUGGAGCAACGGAGACAUCGGCGCCAAGACGAUCGUGCAGACCACUCUGACGCUCAAAAGUGAGAAGUCAGAUAGCCCGAACGCCCCGGUUUCCCUACCAAAAUCCCUGAUCUUCGAAGCGCCGCAUCCCGUAAUUAAAUCGUCGGCUGACAGCAUCGCCGCAGCCGUAAAGGCAGUGAGCGCCGAAGAGCACAACGGUGUAAAGCAUGACGCGGCGGAAAAGUUUGCAAAACUCGUUAAAGUCCUUCGUCUCAGUAGCAAGAAAGAUAUUUUUACGAUCUACCAGAAAGUGAAAAACGGCAACGGUUUUGAUAAGGUCCUGGACAAGAAAAUCUUCCUGGACGCUCUCUUCCGUACUAGAAGCGGUGAAGCCGCGGAGGUAGUCGUGGACCUAUUAAAGAGUCACGAGAUUACUGGCGUUCAGGCGCUUAUGUUUUACGCAAGUCUUACUCUCGUUGAGCAUGUAAACCUACCGUCGGUGACCGCCGUCACCUCUCUUCUUGAUGAGCCGAAUUUACCGCGUCUCGGUUAUCUUGGAGUCGGUCAGGUAAUCGGCAAGUAUUGUCAGCAGCAUACUUGCGAGAACGUAGCCGAAGUCAAGCAAGCUAUUCACAAGAUUCGCGACAAGGUUGGCAAUGGAAAGGCGAAGACCAGAGACCAAGAGAACACCAUAGUCUCAGCUUUGAAGGCGUUAGGCAACACCAAAUAUCUUGACGACGCUACUUUGCAGAAAUUGGUCGGCAUUGCUGAAGAUAAGAACGUCCGCAAUAGAGUCAGAGUAGCCGCUAUCGAGACUUUGCCUACCCGUUGCUCCAUGAAGUGGAAAAAUAUCCUUUUGAAGGUACUGGGCGAUCGCGAGGAGGACAGCGAGAUCAGGAUCAAGUCUUAUCUCUCUUUGGUUAACUGCCCCUGUCCACAUGUCGCUAGCGGUCUGAAGGAAAUUUUGGAUAAAGAAACAGUCAUUCAAGUCGGAUCCUUCAUCAAUACUCACUUGCGUCAUCUACGAGCGUCCGCCGAUCCGAAUAAAGCUGCAGCAAAGAGACAUCUUGCUCAGAUCAAGUUACGAACAAAAUUCCCAAAGGAUUUCCGCAAAUAUUCUUUCAACGAUGAACUGUCGUACAAUCUGGGUGGUAUCGGAGUCGGUUCCUCUGUAGAGAGCAAUGUCAUCUACAGCCAGAAUAGCUAUAUACCACGCUCCGUCAGUAUAAACUUGACCAGCGAGAUAUUCGGGAGAUCCGUUAACUUCCUAGAGCUCAACACGCGCGUCGAGAAUCUUGACAGAUUGAUCGAGCAUUAUUUCGGACCCAAGGGUCGUUUGACGCAGGACGAAGUGGAAGACUUGGUGGACAAGGGAGUGGACGAGACACAGAAUAUCGUUAAAUAUAUCAAAGAGAAAAUCAGUAAAAUGCGCGGCAAGCGUGAAGUUAAGCAGGGAGAACUCGACAAAUUCGCCAAAGGUGUGAAAUUAAGGAAUAACGAAGUAGACCAGCAACUCGAUAUCGAUUUAUCAGUCAAACUGUUUGGCGUUGAACUAGCCUAUUUGACUUACGACGGUAAUCCUGGGCAGUUUACACCGGAACAAAUUGUCGACAAGUUAUUCGACAACUUUGAGAAAGGAGUCGACAAGAUCAAGAAUUUCGAUUAUAAUCUGCAGGAUCACACGCAGUUCCUCGAUGCAGAAAUCGUCUAUCCCACAAAUCUCGGUAUAGCUCUCUCUGUCAGCGUGACUGGAACCAGCGUGAUUCACUUGAAAACGUACGGCAAGCUAGACAUUCCGGCAAUCAUAAAGGACCCAAACAAUGCCGAAAUACAUUUUGGUUUGGCUCCCAGUGCUUCUAUUCGUGUUGUUGGUAACAUGGUCGUUAAAGGAUUCGAUGUAGAGUCCGGUAUGAAAAUUGUUGGCACAUUGCACACUAAUACAGCAACCGAUCUGACGGUGAAACUAUUGGAUGGCAAAGGUAUCGAUAUAACCGUUGGCGCACCGAAUAAAAAAGAAGAGCCAAUAAGCUUUAGCAGCGAAAUUCUACUGAGUUCCGGUGACACGUACAAAGCUCCCAAAUUCGGCAAGAGUAAGGUAUAUAAAGAUUGCUUUGAACAAUUAUCUUCUAUUCUGGGUGUGACGGUUUGCGGUGACAUAGAAUUUCCCUACGAUGGCGUCGAAUCAUUGCAAAAGAGAGCACUCUUCCCCUUGAAUGGACCAGCAAAAUUCAACAUUAAUUGGGAGAACAAUGAUCUAUCAGCUGUCCAUCUCAAGAUCUACGGUGACAACUCGCCCAAAUCUAAAUCAUUUGAGAUCUUACUAGAGACGCCGAACAGUAAAACCAAAAGACGCAUAUCUUUUACGGGUGAAGUCGGUCUCGAACCUAAUAAGCACGCUAAAUUAGAUUUUGAUUCUUCCUUCAAGAAAGCUUCUAUCGAAGCGGUAAUAAAAGAGGAGUCUCAGGAACACUCACUAAUGAUCACUUUACACAAUGACAACCAGGAAUAUUAUGGGCGCGUCGGUAUCUUGGCCAGUGGUGCCAAAUACAAACCUAUCUUGGAGUAUAGGGUACCAGAGCAUAUUGAAAAGUUGGCGACCAGCAAGUCCGGACUGAAGCCAUCCAAAGGCGGUCAGCAGUACGAGGUGCAAGGUACCGUAGAGGUGAUCGAUCAGAAUGGUGGCAAAAAAUACGUAUUCGACAAAGUAGCCCUUGUCGUAAGUGGUCAGAAGCUCGUCGGUCUCGACGGUCAUGUUCAGUCUGCAAAAGACAGCGCUGGCUUAGAUAUGAAGGUGAUUUAUGGCGAGGAAUCCAUCGAUCUCAAGUUGCAAGGAGAAAAGAAAAAAGAUGAUCAUUACUCGAUUGUUAUUUCAGCAUUGCCAUCAAAAGAUCCCAAUAUCGGAUUCAACAUUCAGUCCGAAAUUCAAAGGGAAGCGUACGCAUAUAAGUAUAAACUGAUCUUCAUUCACGGUCCAGAUCAGAACUCCAAGAUAAACCGUUUCAGCCUCGAUCAUCACGCUAUCGCCAAGCCAAACAUGGAUGGAAUGAACUUCAUUCUAGGCAGUUCCACCAAGAUAUCGUAUCCCGCUAUGAAAUUGAAACUGGAACUUGUAGAUAAGAUCAAACCCAAUUCUAUCGAAGGCGAGAUCGCAAUUGGUUAUGAGAAAUUCAAGUUUGGCUCAAAGCUAUCCGCCGAGGCGAACAAAGUUAAGCCAGGCGACUACGAGAUUGAAUUCGAAGGAGAGCUUUUGCAGAAUAGCAUUAAAUUGGAAUCCAAGCGUACGAUUGUUGAUGCGCACAAAAGCAAGUACAAAAACAAGCUCGAGCUCGUACCGGGAGGUAAAUACGAGGCCGAUGCACUGGUUACGUAUAAUCACGACAAAAAUAACAAGAACGUGAACUUCGAAAUCGAUAGCGAUCUGAAGCUGGACGACAAAAAGGCUAAAGUUUUUGGCAGUUUGAAUGUCGAACAUCCCAAUAAUCUUCAGUCACAAGCGUACGUCAUUGUCAGUGACGUUAAGUACGUCGAUUUUCUGUUAAAACUACAGAAAGAUCACUUAAAUCCUCAAGGUAGCCUAACUUUGAACGUAAAGAACUAUGUGAAUGUCGAAGGAAAGGUAUCGUCUCAGAACGGUAAGGGUAAUGCGCAUCUUAACAUUGACUUGCCGAAGAUCAACCGGAAGAUCAAAGGAACUAGCGACUUCACAGUGAUUGGCUCGCAGCACAAUGCCAAUAUUGAGCUUCUAUAUGAUGCUGAAAAGGACCCGAGCAAACGCAUCAAACUAUCCACCAUAAACGACAUAAAGAAGAACGCUAUUGACACAAAGAACGUAAUCGAGAUAAUAAAUAACAAGUUUGAAGUAAAUGGCAAAGGUAAAUAUGAUGGCACUUUAAUAGAUGGCGAGCUAGCUCUCGAAGGAGAUGUCACUCUACCAAACGGUCGUUACCUGACUGGUAAUUUUAAGCAAACAUCGAAGAAGGAUGAGAACAACAAGAUAAAUGCCCAUGUGAACGGCGAGUUAGCAGAUCACGAAUCUAAGGGUGGCAAAUCGCGAAAACUUAUGUUCGUUGAAGAUGUUAGCAACGCUGAUUUCAAAACGUACACAUUCCAAUCCAAUAGCCAAGUGAAAGCCAUCAAUUAUGACGGCAACAACGUACAACUCGAUUUGAAGGUCAAAAAUCUCCUCGACACCGAUGGUCACAAGAAUGUGGAAGGGCUCGUCAUAAACUUGUCGGGAUCGCAAUUGCCGCAACCGUUGAAUUUAGAUUACGAAGGUACUGAGGACGAUAACGGCAAAGAGUCCUACAAAUGUGCUGCUUCUUAUGGCAAGAACCUCCAGUUAAAGAGUUCGGGUGACUUCGUUCCUGGCAAUGAAAUUGACAAGCCCUGCACAAUUAAAGGCAACGUGGAACUAAUAUUGCCGUCAGAGAAAUUGCGCAACGUCAAGCUCGACUUCGAGGACGAAAUACUGAUCCAAGAUCAGCAAGCCGAGACGGAUAUUGUCGAUUUGAAGAGCUCGGCGGUGCUCACUUACAACGAUGACAAAACUAUCAAGAUCAAGGGUGCCUACAAGAGUAUUGGAAUUAGCGACGGUGAACAUCCUUUCGAGACUGAUGUGCAACUCGAUCUGGCUGUUCUCAAGAUUCCGCCUAUCAGUUACCAUGAUCAUAGCAAGUACGUGCCCAGCGAUGACAAAGUGACGAUUACCAGCAACACGAUCGUCAAAUACGACCAAAAGGAGAUGACCCUCGCGCUCAAUCCUCUUACGUUUAAUCACGAUUUGACGCACAUUGAUGUAAAGGCCAAGGCUACCACCCCAUACGAGAAGCUGCAUAACAUCGACCUUGAACUCAACCACGAGAGAGAAAAGAACGGCCAUGUAAGGAAAACCGACGCAGCCUUGAACUUGGACAGCACGAAGUAUACGCUCAAGAGCGAAAUUCGAGAGGGCAACGUAUCCCCGAUGAUGCACGUAAUUUUCACCUGUCCGUCGGGAAAGACCGAGUUGCUCUCGAAAUUCGACAAACUUGGCGAACACGAAUACACAGGCGAAUGGAAGAUCGAGACGCCAAAAGGCUUCGCCAUCGCCGACGCGCACGUCAAUCUGGAGAGCAUUGACAAUUUCGUAAUUAAGGGUAAUUUGGACAGCGACAAGCUCAAGCAUCGGAAAAUUCACGUUGAAAUCGCUAAUAGUCCCACCGCGAAAACCGGCAGGCGGAUAACGAUCACCGUCACCAGCGACGGCAAAAACAUCGUGACCGGAAGCACAAACUACAAGAAACGCGACGAGGCCGGCAAAAUCACCGUCGAGGGUAGCGGCAAUCUCAAGAUAGGCGAGGACACAAGGAGCUCCUCUUUCAAGUACACUCGCCAGCAACUGACUCGCGAGAAGGACGGCGAAUCCGGCACGGUAAUCGUCCUGAACGCCAAGUUCGAUCCAGCGGCUGUUGUGGGCGAGCUGAAGUUCUCGAACAAGGAGAUCCUCGUUUUCAAUAGCUACUGCGAGCAGAGCAAGGAUUGCGCUCACUUUAAGCUUCAAUCGAGCUACGACUCCGACAACAAGAAUUACUUAAAUCACGAUUUAACGGUGGAAGUAGACCUGAAGAAAUUCAACGUGCCAGUUGAAUUUGGACUGAAAACGAACACCGAAUCCAAUUUCAAGGAACCCAAAUAUGAUCACUCUGCCAACUUGUACUUACACUCGUCGAAGGACAAGUCCCAGUAUUCCUACAGAGUUUACGCUAAUCCUAAGGAAAGCGCUGCCAUUCUGACUUUGCCCAAUCGCGAACUAGCCGUUGUUAGCACAUACGAUUUGCCGAAGACGAAGCAUACCGGAGCAUUCAAGGCCGAUCUCUCUCUUUACUUAGACAGGAAGAACAAGCCGUCCGAGAAGAGCGCUCUGGUUGCUACCGGUGAUAUUAACAUCGAGAAGAAUAGCGGAUCUGUCAACGGAGAGGUCAAAUUCAUAUAUCCAUCUCAGCCGAAGGAUAUGGCAGUGAAAGGUAAACUUCACUACGGUGGCGAACACCUGCUGGAUGCGAACGUAGAUAUUGACAUUUUCGCCAAGAAAACGCAAAAGAUCAACGUAGUGGCGAAACUACAUCAACAAAAUAUUGAAAAGGGUUAUAACAUCACUAGCGUAAUUGAAGUGAACAGUCGUGGGCAACAACUCAAAGUCGACCUAAAGUCGCACUUAGCAGUCUCAGAUACCAAAUUAGGUUUUGGCAGUACAUUGUCAUACACGGAUAUACAUCAAAAGCCGAAGAGCGUUGGCAUUCUGUUCGCUACGGAUGACACGCAAGUGUAUCUUCUUGUAACCGGGCCUAAUAAAGAACUUCUUAAAGUCGAUUCAAAACUGCAAUUACAGAAGAACUUGCAGAAGCUUGAUACGGAAAUCGUGAUUUUAGGCAACAAACCUAUUGUAAUGAAUUUCGAAGCGCAUGAUUGGAACAGCUUUACUUAUUCGGAACACCAACAAGAUCCCAAUAAUAAACUCAACGUCAACGGACGCGUUGUGCUCGGGCAGCUGGCUGAGAUUCAUGCCGAUGCUUUCAAGGAUGGAGUGAAGAAGCAUCUGUUCCAUGGUUUGAUUCAUCUUGAUGAAGAGAAGUUCCUAAAACCUGACUUUGGCUACGACAAGGACAAUAUUGCCUAUGCGACCGAACAUUAUGUAAGCGAAAGCAUCAAGGUGUUGAAACAGCUCAAGGAAGCUGGUAAUGAGCUAGCUGAUGAAACAGAACGAGAAUUGAAAGAUCUUGUGGAACAUUUGAAGAAAGCCCAGCCGAACAUCAAGCCGCUCUUGGACUAUUACGAUGCCGAACUAAACAAACUGAACAACGAGCUCCACGCCGAUCAGACCAUCAAAGACAUACAAACUACCUUGAACAAAUACUUUGGGGCUAUUAUCACGGCCGUAGCAAAUACCAUGAAACAAGUAGCUGCACAAUUAAACGAGCUUCAAAAAGAAUACCUUGAAGUAGCCUCUAAGAUUGAGGAAGCAUGGAAAACGGUUUAUCCUCAGCUGAAAGAAUCGUACAACAAAAUAGCUACUGCGUACAUCAAUUUCGUCGAUAGCGUUAGUAAAGUUUUGACAGCCUACGUCAAGACGUUACUUGCUGUGAUUAAUGAACAUCAGAAGGAUCUGAAGGAAAUGGCGGUUGUGGCUUCGGAGCUUGCGCAGGAUGUUGCUAAGAUCGUAUUCAAGGCCAUCGGUGAAAUCAAGAAAGACGUCGACGAGUUCAUCAUCCUAUUGAAGAAUCAAAUGAAAGCUUUACCGAUCUUCGACAUGGCAAAGGAGCAGUACCAGGAUAUCGUGAACUUUAAAAUUCCGGAAGGCAUAUUGGCCUCCAUCCAUGAACUCAGCGAGGGCAUAAAGGCCAUGCUACCGACUGAGGAACUUCGACAGCUCUUCAGCGCUACGUAUGAAUACAUCAUGAAGCACGUCAAACACGAGAAAGUCGAUGAUACCAACGAGAUCAAGAAAAUCUACGACCGUACGGUCGAUGCAAUUGCGUCUCUCAUCAAGCUUGUGGAAUCCAGCAAUACUCUGGACAGCCUGAUAGACGACUUGUUCGAUGCUCGUCUUCCAAUUGAGCUCGAAAUGUUCGCGAGAUUGCCAGCGAUUACCUCGUUCAAAGUUUCUCUUCUCGAUCUGAUGCGCAAUAAUGAAUUACCGUCACCCGUGGAUGCCUUCUACACCUAUAGGCCAUCUCUGAAUCGUGUAGACAUCUUACCUCCCUUCAGCAAAAUCGGUUUCGUCAUCGAUGGAGGACACAUCUUCACCUUCGACGACAAUCAUUUGAGUGUGCCCGGCGAUUGCACCUACAUUCUAGCCCAGGACAUACAGGACGGCAAUUUCUCCGUCGUGGCCAACUUUAACAAAGGAAAUCUUGUUAGCGUGACCGUAACGGAGCCUAAAGAGAGCAUCACGCUGAAGAACAAUGGCAACAUUCUAGUGAACAACAAACCGGCCGAUUUCCCCGCCAGCACGAAGAAUUUGCACGCGUUCCUCACUUACGCUAUGAACGUCAAGUCCGAUUACGGCGUGCAGGUUAUAUGCCGUUACAAACAACCCUUCUUUUGUGGAGUUACCGUGUCCGGCUUUUAUCACGGAAAAUUACGCGGUCUUUUCGGUGAUGCCAACAACGAGUAUUACGACGACUACACGUUGCCGUCUGGAAAGAUUACCGAGAGCGAGACUGAAUUUGCCAACGGAUACAAACUGAAGCCCGAUUGCCCGACUGUGAACGCGAUCGAUCACAAGACGAAGCACGAACGUAAUCCAGUCUGCACUGGCUACUUCUCCGGUCAGAAAUCUACGUUGAAAAACUGCUUCAACUACGUUAAUCCAACUCAUUACCGAGACGCUUGCGACGCUGCGGCUAACGGAAAUCCGCAAGCUCCUUGCUUGCUCGCCACCGCUUAUUACGGUCGUUGCGUUUAUAGGGGUAUUUUCGAAAUAAGCGUUCCCACUAGUUGCGUAAAUUGCAAAGUUGGCCAGGACACGAUUGCCGCUGGUGACACUUUCAGCGUCAAAAGCCCGAAGAAUCAAGCUGAUAUACUGUUGGUUGUCGAGCAAGUUGAGCAAAAUGAGAAAGUUUUUAAAGAACUGGUUCCGCCAUUGCUAACCGAUCUGAGAGAAGAACUGAAACAACAUGGCAUCACGGACGUUCACAUCGGCUUAAUCGGUUACGCCGAACAUAUAAAGUGGCCGCAAUACUAUACCACCAACGGCAAUACUAACAUCGAGGGUGAAGUGAAGAAUAUGAAAUUCAAAAAGCCAGAGCCGAUUCUUACUUUUGAGGAGGCCAAAAAAGGUGGCAGUGAGACGCUACAGAAAUACCUUGAGCAAAGAUUAAACGUGGAGCUUGGCACCCUCAGGUUGACCGAUGUCUACGAGGAAGCUAUUAAAUAUCCGUACAGACCUGGCGCGGUCAAGGCUGUCGUCGUAAUCGGCGGUACCACAUGCGAGAAGAGUCCAUUGCCAAUAUCGCUGCAACAAUUGAGGCUUAUGCUCGGACAGAAAAUGUAUCGAGAUUUGGGUCUGAGUUUCUAUUACGCAUAUAAUACGAAUGACAUCCAAGUUUCCGGCAAAGUACAAAAGAACAUUGUUGGUUUCGAUAGCGACAGUGUAUAUGUACUCGGCGACAACAAGAAAAGACCACUGGUUGGAAGCACCGAUCUUAAAAAUAACAUGGUCGUAAGUGGUCCGGCUGACGUGUGUGCCGACUUUGCUGUCGCGUCUGGCGGAGUGGCGUUUAGUUCCAGCAAUUUCUUGGACGCUAAACCGAAUCAGAAGAGGCAGUUUGCUCAGGUUACUGCUAGAAAGAUCGUCGAGGACAUCACAAGUGUUGAAAUCGAACAGGAUUGCGUGUGCAAAAAAUAUUACGGAAUGGGACGUCCUCACUGUAAGAUUGUGGGACGCAACGAGAAGGCACUCGAGAGACACACGAAAGGAGGAGUGAAGGGUUGAAGGAGCCACAGUACUAUGAAUACUAUUAUUGCUAAUUAAUUUAGAUAUAAUCUAUUUGUUACUUUGUUACAAUAUCAUAAAAGGCCUUUUGAUAUAGAGUUGUAAAUGAUAUAAUUGCGCCAUGCGCAAUCGGUAUCGCCGAUCUUUUACAGAUCGAAAAAAAGGUCGGAGACAAGACUCGAAUUGUGUCUAACGACAACUUCUUUGUUUUCUAGAUCUAACAUAAACGUAUAGAAGCAAAUUAAUGCAAAUGCAAUAAAUUGGUGUAUCAUUUAUCGAUGUACAAUAAGUGAUGUUUUACAAAGAAGAAAUAAACAUUGGCACAUACUACGUUUAUAAUGAAAA